GCGAAUACUUCCCGGCAUCGUCAGUCCGUCACACAGAGCGACAGGGUCGGGUGGGUCGAACAGUGAGCCAAGGGCGAGAGACGAAGCCCUAAGGUUACGAGAUCAGAUCUGAUGCAGUCGUGUUAACUUCGGACAUUUUCAACUUCCAAUCGAUCUCUUCACGAUAACUAGUCGCCGGUCGUGAAGCCGGUUGUUCAGUGCGCAUUCGCAGUACAAAAGAGACUUGUGAUAUUUUUCUAGUUUUUAAGUUCCGGAACGGAACGCUUUAAUUUUUUCGUAAUAAAAAGUGUACAAUAUAAGUAAAAAUUUGGAAAACAUGGAAAUCCUGCCGGUUACGAGUCAGUUUAGCGUCGGAUUCAGUAGUGAAAAAGCAUGGAAUGGGCCGACAUGGCGGGAAGCACCGAUGCCGGUGCCGACGGAAGCGGCGCUGGCUCAACGGCUCGAGCGAGAACUUCGGGCAGCUAAGGGAGCCAGCGAGCUAGCGACGGCUGAGGUGCUGGUACCGGCGGAAUUACUCGCAAGGGCUUCGAGGCAAACACUGGCCCUCGCCGAGGGAGAGCCUUGCGGGUCCCGUGGCGCGGCGGUCAUCGUCGACGUCGCAGGACGCCGCUUGGCUGCCUUCAAGAUAGAUCCGAACACGCUCACCACGCACGAAAUACAUCUUCAUCUUGAACAUGAUGCGACGAACUGGACCAGCCUGCUGCCGCAAUUCUUAAAAAACCUUACGAGAGGCGGCACCAUCAUCAUCAGCCCCCAGUUCACGAUAGAAAAGAAAAAACUUUUCCGGAGCCAGGCCGAGUGAACCGCCUGUGAUAUCGCGUGAUGCGAGCGAGCCGACUGAUUGCCCUCCUCGAUAUCUACGUAUCGUUAUUUUAACAAAUAUCAAUAUUAUUAUAUGUAUAUUAAUUAUAUUUUUAAUAAGAAGAAAAAAAAGCACAGCGUGAUAUGUAAUGUAUAGUAAUUAGUAGUAGAUUAAGCGCGCAGGGAGCGCAUAGUCCAGCGGCCGGCCGCGUCCUCGGAUCGGGCGAUAGUGAUGCGAAAUGCACUUUGUAUCGACAAAGUGUUGAUCUUCCCUCGAUGGUCGCCGGUUCCGGAGGCGCGGACGGACGCGCGUGCGACGGCGCGCGGGCGAGCGACGAUCUCUUCCCCCCCCGGCCCCCUCCCCGUCCCCGGCCCACCGUAGCGCUCGGCCCGCGCGUCUCCGCACUUAUGUUAAUCAUUGUUCGUAUUUUAUUAUCGGGUGGUUGAUAUCGGAUGAUCGGAUGAUCGGUUGAUCGGUUGAUCGGCUGGGUGGAGUGUGAGUGGCGUGGCGGCGUUAGGUGCGCACCAUGAUCUCAGUCGCCGUCGCGCGUGUGAUAAUGAUACCCUGAUCGAUUUAGUGUUAUGUAUAAUUUUGUUUCGAGUUCGAUUCUAUUCUGAAGUUGUGUAGAGUUGGUUCGAUUAUAUUACAUGUGUCGUAAGCGUAUUUAUUAGAGGCGAUCUCCGCGCUCCGCGGGGGUCAGAUAUGUGUACGUUUUUUGUAACUGUACUAGUUCGUACAUUUGUUUGUGAUACUACUUUUGUAAUGUAUAAAAUUUAAAUGAGAAAAAUAUACUUUAAAUGGCGUAGGCGAGCACGCAUCAGAUUUCGAUAGUAGAUGCGUGAGAGCCGCGGCAGCGGAGCAAUAAGAGGGCGCGAGAAUAUACUGCAAAGAUCUCAGUUUAUAUUAUUAUAGUUAUAACAAGUAUUAAGUUAUUUAAGUUAAUAUAAAGAUUGUACUUUUUCUAAGAUUGUUUUCUAUUGCGAUAUAGUCCAGUGGGUGAUACGAUCAGUUUUGUACUAUAGUUGACGAGAUAUUGUAUGUCGGAUGCAUAUUCUUCAUCCUUUGUAUUAUAAAUGUAUAUCAAUAGACACAGUUUUUAAACGAAAUCUAAAUGUUUGUAGGGUCCAGUGGUCCAGUGUUCUAAAACGCACAAUAUCAUAGUACUAGAUUCACUUUCAUCGAUAAAAAAAAAACAUUUUAAAAAUGCUAUAAAAAAAUUACUUCUUGAAA